AUGGUCACAGAAAAUGGCAACCCUCGAUUUCCGCCUCCUGCAACUUCCGAUCUCAGCGGACGGCGCAGGGUCCCUCAUCCGCCACGAUUGGAUUCUCUAAAAAUCGACCCCUACGCUUCACGCCCUGCUAGAUCAGUUCCGCGGUCGACCCCGAGUUCUCCUCGCGCGCGUUCUCCCCUCCCUGUCGCGCCACACUCCGCUUUUGACGACCGUCACGGCCGGCCAUUCCCGCCUCAGGGUCCCUCGCCGGGUACGAGGGACGACUGGAAGGCUGGGCGUGGACGGUCUCCUGCUCGCUCCUCUCCCUACUCGACAACACCAGACUCCCAAUCUCCAAGAUGGUUUCCUCCGCGCGAGGAUAGCUUUCGCAAACCUCCGCUGCCCCGGGGCGGACUUCGUAUCUGCAUGUCGGCACCUCGCCUGACGGACAGAGAGCCCAAGGGAUGUGACUCUCCAGAUUAUUCUCCACAAGAUAUAGGCCCGUAUGGUCUACCGCUACCACGUUUUCCAUCCGGUGGCCCCGCGGCCGAAGACGGUCCUAGGUCGAGCUUCAAUUCGGCUUUGACAUCGCGAUCGAGCAUUGAACAGGCCAGCGGGACGGAGCGUAGCAGCGUUCUGACCAAAAGCAGUUCUAUCACGGAUCUUUCACCCGAUACUCCUGAUGCUCCCUAUGGCGCGGAUGAGGGCAUGAGCGUUGAGGGUGCGAUUUCAAUGUAUCUGGAUGGGUUCAGUGAUGUGACCGAAGAACCUUCCUCGCCAAAAUCUCACGUCGGAAGCAAGGCACCAUCGCUGUCGCCUCCGCCCUCGCGUGACUCCUCUCCCGCAGAGUAUCCACCGGAGUUAGCAUCCCGGGAUAAUGGUCCACCGAUACCCCCGUUGCCAGAGUCUAUAGAGCCAAUACCUAUCGUCCAAGAGCCAGCGGACCCAGAUCCAAUAGUCACAGAGCCCCCAGCUUCAGAAUCGACAUUGCCAGAGACUGCAGUUGAACCUGUUGUGCAAGAGCAAACACUACCACAGUCCAACCUGGCGGAACCACCUUUGUCAGAAUCUCCGACUACACCCCAAAGACAACCGUCAACGAAAGUGUUUAUCCCAGGCCCGGUACCUCCUCCAUUGCUUCCUGAAAGUGCCACUCGUGAUAGCCAUGGUUUCCGAAAAGCGACACAAUACGUGACCCUAGAGCAGUAUGAGUCUUGGAAAGGACCUUACUCCGAAUAUGUGACAGAGAGAAGGCUGAAAUGGCAGAGUCUUUUUGAAGAUCACGGGCUUCCUACGGUGGAUCCGUCAAAUUUUCCGCCCGCAUCCACCAAAGUGAAGCGCCUUGUGCGCAAAGGAAUACCAUCAGAGUUCCGAGGAGCAGCAUGGUUCUGGUAUGCUGGUGGGUAUGACCAUAUGAACCGAAACCCAUGGCUCUACGAUCAACUUGUACGGCGUGCCAUGGAGUCUCCGAAUAAUGACGAUAAAGAACACAUUGAACGUGACCUCCAUCGAACCUUCCCCGACAAUCUCCAUUUCAAACCCGAGACUGUGAACCAUGCUGAGCAUGCGGGCGGUAGUAACCCUCAGUAUGACACUGUGAAGACGGAAACGCAGAUGAUCCUGUCUCUCCGCCGGGUUCUCUAUGCCUUUUCGCUUCAUAAUCCCAAGAUCGGGUACACGCAGUCGCUUAAUUUCAUCACCGGGAUGCUCCUGCUCUUCCUUCCGGAGGAAAAAGCCUUUUGGAUGCUUCACAUCAUCACCUCGGUAUAUCUGCCUGGUACGCAUGAGAUCAGCUUGGAGGGGGCAAAUAUCGACCUUUGGGUUCUCAUGUCGCUGCUCAGGGACUCCACGCCGAACAUAUACUCCAAAAUCGCCAGUAUGUCAGGACAUACAUCUAGUCGAAGCAGACCACCUGCGCUCACAGUGCAUUCGCGCUUACCGGACAUCACCCUCGGAUUGACCAACUGGCUGAUGUCGGUAUUCAUUGGGACUCUCCCUCUGGAGACUACGUUGCGAGUAUGGGAUAUAUUCUUUUACGAAGGCUCAAAGACAUUUUUUCGUGUGUCGCUGGCUCUUUUCAAAGCGUGCGAGCGGGAUAUUCUCGCCGUAUCCGACCCGAUGGAGGUGUUCCAAGUGGUGCAGACCGUCCCGAAGAAGCUCCUGGAUGCUAACGCCCUCCUGGAUGACUGUUUCUUGCGGCGACACCGUGUCGGGCAAGGUCGGAUCGAGGAGCUGAGAGCUUCUCGACGGACGGCCGUGCGCCAAGAGAAGUUGCGCCGGUCGGUGGCCUUCAGCAAGGGUCAAAUCAAGCCUGCUACAGAUGACUUCCCGACUCGGAUGCGGGCCCCGAUCCCAGGUCAACACCGCGUUGUUGAUUCCUGGCGCCAGUUGAAGCAGCGCGUCCCGAAGGGCGGACAGCGUUGA